GUCCGCGGAUGGCGAAAUGAGCGUGCAAUCGAUCGGAAAAUCAUUUGGCGUGGUGGAGUCUGGUGAUGCAGGUACCAAGAUUCUGACUCUCAUCUCAGAUCGACGGAGUGUAGCACCCAAUAAUAGUGUCGUCUUAAGUGCACAAUGAGGAGGUUGAGCAAUUUCCGUCGGAUCAAGGGUGUUUCUUGUUUGUUUGUUUGUUUGUUUGUUUGUUUGUCUGUUUGUCUGUUUGCUGUUGACGAGCCACCCACUGCGUGAGACCAACCACCCGCCCUCCUCCACCUUAUCGAUCCGGCAACUUGCGGCAAGGCUGUUUGUUGCUGCCCGUACAUCAUUAUUGGGGAUUAACCGCCGCUUCGCAUUCUUCUUCGGUUAUUCCCGAACACAAUGCCGACUAGGGUGUUGCCUACAUAGGUAAUAAGCUUACCUGACCUUGUUGCCUUGUCACCUGAUUACCUUGUCCAUACGAUCCUCUCUCGGUGCAUUGUACAUCACCAAUCAAGAAGUAUCUAAUUAUAUCACAAAUCGACUACAGAUCGGUACAACUCUCUUUCAUCACAUCGUCACAUUACAUUACAUCACAUCACACAUCACACAUCACAUCACAUCACAGCUCCAACCUAAAAUCCGCCAACCAGCCUCUCCACUCUUCACUCUUCACUCUUCACUCUCUACCCAAUCUCCCACCUCCCACCUCCCCUUCCCCUCAACCCAUCACACGCCAUCACGUCAACCCACCAUGUAUUCCAUCGCCCCCUCUCCCGUCCCCACACUCCUCUCCGACCCAGUGACCUCCACCCCACCCGACCCCUCCGCCCCCUCACUCUUCCGCUACAUCAUCGGAUUCUUGCUCAUUGGCAUCGCCUGGGGCUUCACCACGCCCUUCAUCCGAGCCGCCGCGCGCACUCACCAACCGCCCUCUCACCCCAUCCUCGCAUCCCCCUCGGUUACCAAAUCGUUUGUCAAAUCAAAGCUAUACGGCGCGUUCUUUGGCGUCGUGGAUCUCCUGCGAAAUCCGAGAUAUGCCAUUCCGCUGGUGAUCAAUUUGACGGGGAGCAUUUGGUUUUUUCUGUUAAUCGGCCAGGCUGAACUCUCCCUAACAGUCCCCAUCACCAAUUCUCUAGCUUUUCUCUUCACGGUGUUAGGAGAGUGGUGGGUGGAAAGAAAAGUCAUCAGUCGCGAUACCUGGAUUGGUAUGAUCUUGUCGUUGUGUGGUAUUGCGCUCUGUGUUCAUAGUAAGACGGGAUGAGCCUUCCUUGGCAGUUAUUUUUGGAUCACAUUCUCGGGAGUGGGGGAUUCGAUAUUCCAUAUUCGAUAAUUGAUAUCGAGGAAGGAUUACAUCGAAGAAGGAAUCGACCGAUUGAGAUUUUUGGAAGUUGUAUACCUAUCUGAUUUUGCCGCCGUACGAGGCUGGCAUGUUCUCGUUGCUUACAGACGGAUGGAAGGAGCAUAGCAGGAUCUAUUAUAUUGAAUACUAGCGAGUUUGAAUAGGCAAAUGUCACUAAUGUCACACAAAUCA